AUGGUUCAACUAGCAUCGGUAAGUAAUGUUGUACGGGAUAACGAUGGUUCAACUAGCAUCGCAUGCAGACUGUGCUCGAACAAGAAGUUCAACACUAUGAAAGGAUGGCGCAUUCACGCGGCGCGAAUGCACAAAGAAUGUGGCUAUUACCAAAAAUGCCAUCACUACCUUACCGUGCCGUUUGGCUACACUAAGGAACAAAUAAGUGCUGCAAUGGAGAUGCGCUGUCUAGAAUGGUGCCCAGCAGUUAGUAAGGCUGUUAUGCUUGAGCGAGCGGCUAAGAAACGAAAGCUAGAGUUAAUUGGGCGAGAAAUUGAGGCGAAACGUUUUUUCAUUUCAAGUAAGUGGCUAACUGUGUUGCUUAGAAGUGGUAGUGUGGCUACUCUGACAAUGAUUUUGAGGUGA